CUCCCUACUUGAUUCCAGCUCGAUUUGACUCUCUUCACAACUUCCUCGCGACCAUGUCAUCCGCACCCUUGAACCCUCUCGAGGUCCCACCAUAUCUGGUCCAGCCGUUGAUUGAGAGCAUACCUGGAGGCAGUAGCUCAACGACGAUAACGUGUGCCCAAGCCUUAGGGUCCGAGCUGUACAUUGGAUGUUCAAAUGGCGAACUGCUACGGUAUGCGCUCCAAGCAGAUGACCCCACGAAGUUAGAGUCGUACACCCUCCAGUCGCGCCAAACGUUGAUCGCAGACAAGCCGGUGGAUGAAGUUGUUAUCGUCCCAUGCAUAUCUAGGGCCUUGAUUCUUUCCGACCACCAAAUCCAUUUCUAUACUAUUCCGUCAUUAGACCCCGUACCCAACAUCAAACCGAUCCGAAACGUCGUAACGUUCGCUGUGGACCAGCAGCAUCUCCAGCGCCCCGCUCCCUCUCCCUCUGACCCCCCGUCCAAAACUGAGCAAGUCGAGUUCUGCGCUAUCAAACGGAACAACAUUCAGCUCUACGUUAUACGAGAGCGCCCUAUCUUCCAGAAAGAGAUCCCACUUCCCGAUGGGGCCACUGUUGCACGUCGCACAGGGCAAUAUCUGUGUGCUGCCGAUAAUGCGUACUACAGCGUAAUCAAUCUCGAGGCUGCUUCGAUGCUUUCGGUCCUGCCGGUCUCUCAGGCUGAAGACUCGGGACCUGUCAAGCCGUUCAUCACCGUCAUCAGUGAAAAUGAGUUCCUCAUACUGUCUUGGACGGGAGCAAGUACGCUUGGCGUGUUCAUCACGGGUGAUGGGGACCCUGUACGCGGAACGCUGGAGUGGCCAAGGCAUCCGGAGGCUGUCUGUCUUGAUUAUCCCUAUAUCACGACGCUCAUGCAAACGGGGGCGGUCGAGAUCCACAACGUGGAGACGCAGAUUAUCGCACAAGUUGUAUCGGCUCCGGAGCCAGGGUCUCAGGAUGCAAGUGUGAAUAUGUCGCGAAUGGGUUUGAAGGCUUGCUUGGGUGGGUAUAUGGUUCCGACUUCUCAGCGGACAGACAAGAUGCGAUUGAAAUCGGUUCGCCUCAUCCGCCAUCCUCCCGAGAAGCCGUCAGAUCCUUCCCCCGAAUCCGAACCCGAGCACGAGGAGGUGGAGGGAUACGCUGUCGAGGAUAGUCAGAUAGAACCCCAGGAAAUAUGA